GGACUUUAAUCAAUUACUUCCCCUUAGAUUCUAACCGGUCUUCCUAUCUCUUAUGCGUGGUUCACGAUCCUCGACUCAGCUAUGGAACGAAAAGGCACGAAGAAACUAACUGAAUUCCUUGAAAUACAGGACGCACAGCAGGCUCGAUGGGAAAAAGAGAAAGUAUUUGAAGGGGAUGCAUUCACUUCAGAUCCUCAAAAAAAAAACAAAUACUUUGUAACGUUUCCAUAUCCUUAUAUGAAUGGAAGACUGCAUCUGGGACAUACAUUUAGUUUGUCAAAAUGCGAGUUUUCAAUUGGCUUUUGGAGAUUGAAAGGAAAACAUUGUCUAUUUCCAUUUGGACUUCACUGUACUGGGAUGCCAAUAAAGGCUUGUGCAGACAAACUGGAUAGAGAAAUAAAGAUGUUUGGUAACCCACCCAACUUUCCAUUGGAAGAGGAAGCUGUUGAAGAAAUUGAAACCUCUUCACCAGCAGCAGUUGACAAAACUAAAGGAAAGAAGAGCAAAUUAAAUGCCAAAAGCGCAGGCUUGAAAUACCAGUGGCAAAUUAUGGCUUCGAUGGGAUUAAGUGACAAAGAGAUUGUGAAGUUUACUGAUACUGCUUAUUGGCUCCGCUAUUUCCCUCCAUUAGCUAUUCAGGAUUUGAAGAGAAUGGGACUAAAAGUUGAUUGGCGUCGAUCGUUCAUCACAACGGAUGCAAACCCGUAUUAUGAUUCAUUUGUUCGAUGGCAUUUUCUGAAGCUGAAUGAACAUGACAAAGUGAAAUUCGGAAAACGGUACACAAUUUUUUCUCCAUUAGACGAUCAACCAUGCAUGGACCAUGACAGAAGUAGUGGUGAGGGUGUUGGUCCACAGGAAUAUACCCUAAUUAAAAUGGGUCUAAUGGAACCUUUUCCUGCCAAAUUAAGUCCUCUGAAAGGAAGAAAGGUGUUUUUGGUGGCAGCCACAAUGCGACCAGAGACUAUGUACGGUCAAACAAACUGCUGGAUCCACCCAACCAUGACAUACAUUGCAUUUGAAAGUUGCAAUAAAGAAGUGUUUGUCAGUACUCGCCGAGCUGCCAGGAACAUGAGUUAUCAGGGUAUAACCACUGGAAAUGCACAAAUAAACACUCUUCUGGAAUUUGUUGGACAGGAUAUACUUGGCGUAAAACUACAUGCACCUCUCACCAGUUACCAGUGUAUCUAUACUUUACCGAUGAUGACUAUCAAAGAAGAUAAAGGAACUGGAGUUGUGACAAGUGUGCCAUCAGAUUCACCGGAUGACUUUGUAGCCCUUCGAGAUUUAAAAAACAAACAGCAAUUUAGAGAGAAAUUUGGAAUUCAAGACCACAUGGUGUUGGACUUUGAACCAAUUUCCAUUAUAACCAUUCCUGGUGACAGCAGCUUCAGUGUGGAGGAAGUUUGCAAACAAAUGAAAAUACAGAGCCAGAAUGAUAAAGAAAAACUGAACGAAGCAAAAGAAGUGGUUUACAAAAAGGGUUUCUAUGAAGGGGUUCUGAAAGUUGGUGAGUACAAGGGCAAAAGAGUUCAAGAUGUGAAAAAGAUCGUUCAGCAAGAGAUGAUCAAAAAGAACGAAGCUGUUCUCUACAUGGAACCUGAGAAGAAAGUUGUCUCCCGCUCUGGUGACGAAUGUGUAGUGGCACUUUGUGAUCAAUGGUAUUUGGACUAUGGAGAAUCCAGUUGGAAGGAACAAGUCAAAAAGUCUUUAGAUAAUGUUGAAACUUAUCAUCCUGAAGUACGCCAAAAUUUUCUUGCAACACUUGAUUGGCUGCGAGAACAUGCAUGUUCCAGAUCCUAUGGAUUAGGAACAAAACUACCAUGGGAUGAGAAGUACCUAAUCGAAUCCUUAUCUGAUUCAACAAUCUACAUGGCUUAUUACACAGUAGCUUAUCUCCUUCAAGGCGGAACAUGGGAUGGAUCAGUUGCAGGCCCGGCCAAUAUCAAGCCAGAACAGCUGACUCCUGAAGUUUGGGAUUAUAUUUUCUUCAAAAAGAGUCCAUUUCCCAAGACAGAUAUUCCUAAAGCUACUCUUGAUAAACUGAAGAAUGAAUUUGAAUAUUGGUAUCCUGUAGAUUUGCGUACCUCUGGAAAAGAUCUGGUGCCCAACCACCUUACCUAUUAUUUAUACAAUCAUUGUGCUAUCUGGAAAGAUGAUAGUUCAAAAUGGCCCCGAAGUAUUCGAGCAAAUGGGCAUUUGCUGUUGAAUUCAGAGAAAAUGUCCAAGUCGUCAGGAAAUUUCCUUACUCUUUCUGAAGCUCUUGAAAAGUAUUCUGCCGACGGUAUGAGAAUGGCUUUGGCCGAUGCUGGUGAUUUCAUUGAAGACGCCAAUUUUGUUGAGAAAAUUGCCGAUAGUGGUUUGCUGAGACUCCAUUCCUAUUUAGAAUGGGUCAAAGAAAUGGUUCCUCUCCUAAACAGCAUGAGAAGUGGUCCUUAUAAUUUUAAUGAUAAAGUUUUCAUAAAUGAGAUGAAUAAGAAGCUCCAGGAAACAGAGAGCAGCUUUGAAAAGAUGUUGUAUAAAGAAGCAUUGAAAACAGGAUUUUAUGAAUAUCAGGCUUUAAGAGACAACUACCGUGAAAUGGCAAUGGAUGGUAUGCAUCAAAAUCUUGUAAAAUGGUUCAUCGAAACUCAAACUUUAAUCUUAUCUCCAAUUUCCCCUCACCUUUGUGACCACAUUUGGCAAAUUCUUGGUCAUACUACAAGUAUCAUGAAAGCUAGCUGGCCAACUUCAGAUGUUGUCGAUGAGUCUCUGUCCCUCUCUGCAGAAUAUCUAAUCGAAGCUGUUCACAGUUUCCGUCUGAGGAAGAAAGGAAUAUUGCUAAACAAAUAUACAGUAAGUUCACAUCUUUGUUUUUCCCCUAAAGCUAUUGAUUCCUGGGGUUAA